AGGUGGACGGAGAAAGAAAUGAUAAACCUUCCUCAGCAUCAUCACAAUAUAAUAUAAAAUGAAAUCCCCAAGACAUAUUUAUUUGGAUUUCCACUAUUAUCUCUCUUUCUUGCCUGAAGCAGCCCUCGUUGUUUAUUCUUCGUAGAUAAAGUGAUCUGAUUUUAAAAAUGGCUAUGGAGAAGGGUGCGAUUGCCAAAGAUGUUACUGAACUCAUUGGUAAAACGCCAUUAGUGUAUCUGAACCAUGUUGUGGAUGGCUGUGUUGCUCGUAUCGCUGCCAAGCUGGAGAUGAUGGAACCUUGCUCAAGUGUUAAAGAUAGGAUUGGAUACAGUAUGAUUGCAGAUGCUGAGGAGAAAGGCCUCAUCAAGCCGGGUGAGAGUGUCCUCAUCGAGCCCACAAGUGGCAAUACUGGUAUAGGGCUGGCAUUCAUGGCAGCUGCUAAGGGCUACAAGCUCAUAAUUACGAUGCCUGCUUCAAUGAGUCUAGAAAGAAGAAUGGUUCUCCGUGCUUUUGGAGCUGAGCUGGUUCUGACUGAUCCAGCCAGGGGCAUGAAAGGAGCUGUUCAGAAGGCAGAAGAGAUAUUAGCAAAGACACCAAAUGCUUAUAUCCUACAGCAAUUUGAGAAUCCUGCCAACCCAAAGAUUCACUAUGAGACCACCGGACCAGAGAUCUGGAAAGGCUCAGGUGGGAAAGUUGAUGCUCUUGUUUCCGGGAUUGGGACUGGGGGUACAGUUACAGGUGCAGGGAGAUAUCUCAAGGAGCAAAACCCUGAUAUAAAGAUCUAUGGUAUAGAACCAGUUGAAAGUGCUGUGUUGUCUGGAGGGAAACCAGGCCCACAUAAGAUCCAAGGAAUUGGUGCUGGCUUUAUUCCUGGAGUUUUGGACGUCAGUCUACUUGAUGAAGUUGUUCAAGUAUCGAGUGAAGAAGCAAUUGAAACUGCUAAACUUCUUGCCUUGAAAGAAGGUUUGCUGGUAGGGAUAUCUUCUGGUGCUGCUGCAGCCGCCGCAAUUAGGAUUGCAAAGAGGCCCGAAAAUGCUGGAAAACUCAUUGUUGUGGUCUUCCCCAGCUUCGGAGAGCGCUAUUUAUCCUCCGUGCUUUUCGAAUCUGUGAAGCGUGAAGCAGAGAGUAUGGUUUUUGAGCCUUGAGGUAGACAAACCAUGGGGUACAAUUAACAAUUCCAACUGGGGUUUCAAUGAUUUUACUUCUUCACGGUUUCCUGAUCGCAUGUGAUGCAAAUAACGCGGGGGAUAUUUGUGUUCUUUGUAUUUUUUGGAAAGAAAGCUUGUAAGGUGACUAAAUAACUGUUUAUGUUGUGUCUUGUGAGAGCAAUAAAUUUUCAAGGGUUGUUUCAGAGAAACAAGGGGCUAUCCUUAAACUAACACCUUCAGCUUCACGUCUUGCUGUCUUAGCAUUAAAUUUUAUACAAUCAGACAGAGAAGAAGUUAGUACUGA